AUGGCUGGCGUUCUUUCCGCCAUCGGUGCUCUGCCCGUGAGCAAGCAUCUGUACAUGAAGCUGUGGGGCCGUAAGAGUGAGUCUGAGCACAACCCGCCGCAAGCGCUGGCUGCUAUGGAAGAGUCCAUCACCCUCAGGCUGAUGGGAGAGAUUGAGCGGGUGGAGGACCUACUUCAGACACUGGCCGGAGCCCAAGAAAGAACUCAAGCAUUGCGGACUUGGAUCAUCAUCAACGGCUUUACAAUCACGGAGAAUACAGUCCACUCGCUCAGCAAGAUGGCGUCCCAUGGAGGCAACUGCAUCUCCCUGUUCGUCAUUGGUCCAGCCAACGAAGGGCUUAGAAAAACAUUGGCCGGACGGCACUGCCUUGACAUACAGUAUGUGAAGGAGUUGGAAAUGUACAUUGUACUUUAG